CUGCUCGUCACACGUGACCUUAUAAGCUUACUGUAGAAAGCGCGCUAGAACCGGAAGCCCAUUGGCGAUGUCUGUUUCCACGGGUUCUGACAUUCGCCACUUCUCCUCUGUCAAAUCGAUUCAGGAGAUUCACAAGCGAGCGCUACGCAAGGGCAUCUUGCUACAAGAUGUGGACAAAGGUAACCCAUGUGUAGCCUGUGGGGACAAGUGUCCGGGAUUUGAGCUUCACGUCUGGAGAAAGGUCUGUCAACAUUGUCGGUGUUCGAAGGAUAACCACCGCUCUAUGGCGCACGUUGACGAGGAAAGUGAAGAAUUUCCGCGGCCGCCUCCGACAUUCCGUUAUAGACCAGUGACGGAUGUAGUAGGAGGCAGGAGCGAAAUAGUGGGCGAGAAAAUACGUGAGAAUGGUGAGAGAAUACCAAACGGUGGCGCUCAUGUGUUACACUCGAGUGGAGGUAACACGGACGAGGAGGUUAGAGACGAGACGAGAGAUGUGGAGCAGAUGGAAGUGAACACAGAGAAAACACAAGUGCAGAACCAAACGGUCGACGUUGGACUGACUGCCAUGGAGGCUGCAGGCGACCUCCCUUCACUCGAUACAAACUCAUCAAUUGUCGAGCCUCCCGUGGAACAAGUCGAGCUGUCGAAAAACGAGAAGGGUUUCGAUGAGGCGACGAUUUUAAGUCUCUUUGCUCCAGACGAUGACAACCCAACAGCCGAACCGGUAGCGUCUAAUAAAAGAGGUCAAUUUGAUCUACAGGCUGUGGCUCAAACAAAUAAGGAUGACGACCCUGAAGGCAGUAGUGAUUUCGAAGGAACUGCUGUAGAUGCCGAGUCUCUGGGAUUUAUGUGGAUACCUCAAGGUCUUACCAAGGAUCAGGUGAUUCGUUUUAUGGAUGGUCUUCCUGAAGAUAAGGUGCCGAAGGUUGGAUCUUGUGGCAUUGACUACUGGGUGAAACAGCAGACUCGUCAGCUUCCUGAGCAUGAUCUGCAUGCUGAGAAGUGUCAUGGUCUUGAUGAAGGUGAGAGGCAAAGACAGGAGUCGUAUAAGAUGAGUCUUGAAACGGGAGUGAUGGCAGAGGGCAAGGCGGCCGAGAUUAUAGACGAUGGAGUUGAGUGCUGGCAAUGUCAUGAAAUUAUGUUGCCAGGAGAUAUGGCCGUUCAAGCUGAAAUUGGCAGUGGAUCUCAUAUGUGGCACCCUUCAUGCUUUACAUGUAAUACGGAUAAAGAGCUACUAGUACCGUUGAUUUACUUCUACAGUGAUGACAAAAUUUUUUGCGGCCGGCACUACGGGGAGACACUGAUGCCAAGAUGUCAUGCCUGUGAUGAACUUAUUUUCUGUCAACACUACACAGUAGCCGAAGAACACAGUUGGCAUCAGAAACACUUUUGCUGCUUUUCGUGCGACGAACCACUAAGCAUCGGCGACGAGAGCAAAGCAUACGUCAACCACGACGACCACAUCUACUGCACGACAUGCUACGCUAAAGAAGUCGCAGAACACUGCCACGGCUGCGGCACUGCGAUCGGCGCCGGCGACAAACGUCUCAUCCACGAAGACACCAACUGGCACACGGCAUGCUUCAUAUGCAGCCGAUGCGAAGCCGAACUGGCCAGCAUGCCGUUCUAUCGACGUGAAGAGAAAUAUCUAUGCCAGACAUGCUUUGAAGGCGCAUUCGGUAAAGUGUGUGCUCAUUGUAAUGAGAGCAUCCAGACGAGCUCAAAGUCGUUCGUCCUCUCUGGCAAGCACUGGCACGAGAGCUGCUUCGUGUGCUCGUAUUGCAAAGAGUCGCUCGCUGGCCGGCCAAUGAUAAAUCACGACACGGGUCUGUACUGUCCGGGCUGCUAUUACGAAGCGUUGGGCGAGAAGUGCGAAGCAUGCAAGAAGCCUUUAGGCUCCGAAGGUGGUGUCACUUACGGUACGUCCACGUACCAUCGCGACUGCUUCAGUUGUGAAGAGUGUCGCGAGACUCUUGCUGGGAAACAAUUCACCAGGUCUCCCGACGGCGACAAGCUGCACUUGUGCCUCGAAUGCUACGAUCGUUUGUAUGCCAAGAAGUGUAUGGCUUGUAGUCAACCGAUCGUUGCCUCGUCGUCCUCCUAUAUGGCUCUCGGAGACCAGUAUUGGCACGAGACUUGCUUCUUAUGCUCUGAGUGUAAAACCUCCUUGUCGGGCACUGGAUUUUUCCAACGAGAUGGUGCACUCUUUUGUGGCAAGUGUGGAAACUGUGGAUAAUGUGCCAGGUGCAUGUUGGUCAGUGGGACGGAAGCUUUUAGAAGGUUGGAGAGUUUUAGUAGACUUACAGAUAGUCGUGCUUGUACAGAGCGGCCGCCGAAGAAUGGGUUGGCUCUGCUUGAUCUGCAUGGUGUAGCAUUUUAUGUGUACAUGUGUAGUGAAGAGUGUACGCUGUCCCCAACUGCCAAUUGAUUUUCUAUUGCAGA